AUGAAGAAACUACUUUCGAUACAGUCCCAUGUGGUCCACGGAUACGUGGGGAAUAAAGCAGCCACUUUCCCAUUGCAACUAAAAGGAUGGGACGUCGACGCCCUCAAUACCGUGCAAUAUUCAAAUCAUCCGGCGUAUGGAUCAUUUUACGGAAUCAAGUACCAGGCCAAUGAACUUCUAGAAAUAUACAAGAAGAUUGUCGAAGUGGCACAGGUUCACUAUUCUGUGGUGCUUUCUGGGUACAUCACCAGCAAACAACAUUUGGAAUCAAUCAUUGAAAUUGUCAACGACGCAAAGACUCAUAAUCCGAACGUCAAAUGGUUUUUCGAUCCCAUCAUUGGGGAUAAUGGCAGAAUAUACAUCAAUGACUCGAAUAGUAUCAUUGAAUUAUACAAAAUGUUGUUACGGCAAGGCCAGCCGUUCCUCGUCACCCCAAAUCAUUUUGAAUUAGAAUUGUUGACCGAUACCAAAAUCACCAACCUCGAGCUGUUAAAGCAGGCAUUGACAAAGUUCAAGCAAUUGUAUCCAUUAAUUAACAGUAUUGUGGUGACGUCAGUGGAUUUGGCAGAAGAUCCAGGGUAUCUAAUAUGUGCUGGGUCGACAAACGACAGUGAUACCUUCAUUUAUUACAAAAUCCCCAAAUUCAAUGGGUUUUUCUUUGGGUCAGGGGACUUGUUUGGGGCAUUGCUUGCGGACUCAUAUAUCAACCAUGAAGCCUCCCUGGGAUCAAGAAUUGAUAUUUUGGCGAAUUCAUUGAAUGAGGUACUUAGUGUCCUCUAUCACGUAUUGGACUAUUCGUAUAGAUGGCAGCUCAACACUCUUGCUAAACUGGGCCAGCGCAUCGCACCAGAAACCAAGAUUAAAGUGAAUGAUUUGAAGAUUGUCCAGUGCAAGAAGUAUUUCACCGAAGACGUCGAACUCCGGUACAGCAAGAUGACGUAUUAG